AUGACCUUAAAACACUUAAAAAAACAAAAUCAAAGGGUUGAAAAGGUUUAUCGAACAGAAGAUUCAUUGAGCAAAGAAUUUCAUGGGUUAUCAGAGAUAACAAGGUAUACGGGAAUGAAUGGAGAAGAUGAUGAUGAUGAUGAGGGUGGAGGAAUUUAUUCAGUCGAGACAGGUGAAGAAAUUUUAAAAUCAACAGUGAUUCGAAGAGAAGAGGACUUACAUGAGGCUGGAGGACAUAAACCUAUGGUGGGAUCAGAAGAAUGGCAUCGAUUAAGAAGAUCAAAUCAUAAAGAAGUAGAACGUCGACGACGAGAAACUAUUAAUGAGAGUAUAUCGGAAUUAGCACGGAUUGUGCCUGGUUGUGAAAAAAACAAGGGAAAGAUUCUUGAAAGAACUGUUGCAUAUAUUCAACAAUUGAAAGAAAAUGAAGCAAAUAAUAUUGAAAAAUGGACAUUAGAAAAGCUUUUAACGGAUCAAGCAAUUUCUGAAUUAAGUGCUACAAAUCAGAAAUUAAAGGCUGAAUGUGAUCGAUUAUGGAGGGAAGUAAACGUAUGGAAACAGGCUGCUGCAUCUGGAUUAAAUAAUGAUAAAGAUGAGAAAAAAGAUGACCCUAUUUCAAAUGUUAGGGCUGAAAAAAUGGAUUGA